AUGCACCGAACGGCCUCUGUGGAGGCCGUUCGCCUGGCCUCAGCGCAGCUCCGGGAGGGUGGCGCCAAUGCCGCAGAGAAGGCCAGCCUUUCAGCGCAUGACGCUUGCAAAUGCCAGAGCGAGAUGCAGCACGCGUGCUGGUGGAGACGGCUCACGAGCGGGAUCCUGCAGACGUGCGUGCCUGAGGACCUCUUCGUCUCCGAUACGCCAGCAGAGAGUGUGGAGCCUGAUCAGGUGCCAGUUGAGUCGGUGCCUGCGGAGGAUAUGUUUGCCGAUGGCGCAGACCCCAUGGAGAUGGCGCUGCUGGAUGACAUCUUCGGCGCCUAUGCUCGUGAGAUGGGUGUUGACGUGGAAGAGUCGGGCACCAGCCAGGCCCAAGUCAAGAGAAAGGCGACGGAAGAGGGCAAGCAGCCUCAAAAGCGAAAGAAUAGCUCAAAGGCUGCCAAGAAAGUCUUCUGA